CACUUUUCUUGAUUGGAUAAAAAAGUUGUCCUCUUGACUGUGAUCAUCUCGAUCAAUUGCAACCAUUUAAAUUGCAAGAAGCAACAUUCAAAAUCACCACCAUGAUGCAAUAGAGCUAGACUGACGAAACACAUCUUCAACCUGCUAGCCAGAUCGGCUUCUGAUUAACGAUGUUGCCUGGCAUGUAUGCCAACAACGGCAUAGCCAAAACUAUUGAAAAUCUUUUGGAUGGCCUAGCAUCAGUACAUGCUACGACCGAGAGAAGAAUCGAUAUCUUGUCCAGCCUUGAAAGAUGUUUUGGAAUGGCAAUUUUAGGAGAAGGUCAAGCGGGAUCCUCUUCCAAAGUACAAGACUUACAGGCAGAAUGGUGGCUUGCACAAUCGAGUCCAAGAUCUUGUGUUGCAUUGGCAUUAAUAUCACAUUUACAUCGCUUACACCUAGAGUGCACCAUUUCUCCUGAUGAUGCAACUCUCGACCCAAGUGCAGAGAUGACUGCCUGUUUCACUAUGUUACAAGGCUUGUGUUUGAAGGACUCUGGAAGUGGCAAGAUUUGUUCAAAUAGGAGCACUUUGGAAUUAUUCUUAGCCAUUGUCGAUGCUUCGUACUGGAAGUCGGACGAAACGGACGAAAGACAAGCAUCAGUGCAUGCGAUUGAUCUGCUGAUUUGCAUUAUCAUGGCUUCAAGAUCUGCAUGUGCUCUUUUUGACGAAUUAGGAGGCGAAGAUGUUGUACGCAAGUUGAUGGUACGACAUCGCUAUACGCCUAAGAAGGAGAGCCAAGAGUCUAAGGAUAACGCUUCCGACGAGCUACAGGAUGGUCCAGUCGCAAUCAAAUGCGCAGAAUUUUUGCUCUUGUUCGCAAGUCAAAGAGAUGACGAAUGCAACAAAACGAUGGAUUUAUUGGCCGAUCGGACAUCGAUGUUUGCACCUGCAGAAAACCGAAGUGACUCAUCGGGAAGCAUGUCUGGUUUACAGAGCAUUAACUCAAAGAGACAAUCAGUGCAAAGACGUGAGGAGGAGGAUGUGAUCCAGCGAAGUAGACGUGCACGAUCUGCAUCGCCUACAAAAGUAAACUCUGACAGACGUCUUCGAAGCCCCGUUCAUCCCAAGCGAAGUGGAGAGGGUGCACGAAUUAGUGAGGAAGGCGUUCCUGCCAGAGUUCGUCGUUCUGUUCCUUCAAACAGAGCGGCUUCUGCUAUCACACAAUCCGAAGCAGCACCCACACCUCCUUAUGGCUCGCCAAUGAAAUCUUUCCCACCUCCAAGUGGAAAUAGAGGGAUAUCACCCGUACGAAGUGCACGUAAUACGCCAUUCUUGCAAAGUGCAAAAUUUCUUCCCAAAUCCUUGGCAGUGGAUGCAUUUUCUACACCUUCGCCCACAUUUCCACCUUCGCCUGGCCGCAAAAGUCGUGGAAGAAGUGUUGAGCGAGAAGCACUGUCUAAGAUUCCUCCGCCCAACGGACGAACGGAUACAAGCCAAAGCAAGCCUUUCAGUACAUUGAAAAGCACUCCGGAAGAACAGGAAUCAUCUUAUUAUGUUCAACCAUCUUCACCACUAAAAGCAUUGAUGGGACCUUCUCCGGCUGUACGUAGAGCACAUGCAAGAAGUGUUUCGCCGGAGAAGAAGAGGUUUAGUCAAUCUUGAAAUUUAGGAAUAGCAUCAUUAUCAUCAUAUACCUAUAGAAUCACAUGUAUUUUCACAAUUAAUUUCAUGCAAUAUUCUUUCGUUGAC